GAAGACCGUCGGCGUCAACGAGCGUGCGUGCCGUCUUGCGCAGGUCAUGCUGGCUUCGACCAGCCGGCGUGGGCCGCAAGCGAGUACGUCCCGCCAGGUAGACACACGACAGCUCAAUGGAGAUCUCCACUUCGGCCACCGUCCUCAGAAUGGUCAGGCACAAAGAGUCAUGCCGAGCCACAGGCUGUCACACCAACGAACGCCCUCAGAGGAAGCAGAUCAGGCCGACGAUGACGAUGACGAGGCUGAGGACGAGGCUGAGGAAGAGAUAGACGAGGAUGAGGAGGCUAUACCCCGAGCGAGGCGGCGGAACGGCAAGCAAGUAGCCUCUGGCAAGCGGAACAGCACGACGGUCAGAGCAGGCAGUCAGGCAAGCGACGAAGGCGAGAUGCGGCACGGCUUUGCCGAGCAGUACAUCAGCGAGGAGGGCCGCAAUCAGCUCGAGCGCGUCUACUUUCUGUACUGGAACGAUCUGCGCCACGAGAGCGCUGGCACGAAAUCACGAAGCAACGUGCUCACUAUGGGCUCCAAAGGCACGCCAGAUUGGCGCAAUAGAGACCGUCUAAAGACGGCAGUCGCUUCUCUCUUGCUCUGCCUGCGCAUAGGCUUCGAUCCGCCAGACGCAGUCAAGACAGACCCGUGCGCAAAGACCGAGUGCUGGAUAGACCCUUUCUCGCUCAACAAGGACAAAGUUAUGGACGCGAUAGGCCGCAACCUCCAGCUACAGUAUGAGAACUUGGCCGGCACGAGCAAGACGCGCUAUAAGUUCUAUCCCGAUCCGACUGUGGAAGAUACUAAGAAACUGUGCGUCAACAUGCGCAAGCAAGCCAAGAACGAACGCGUCCUCUUCCACUACAACGGCCAUGGCGUACCAAAGCCGACAGCUUCAGGAGAGAUCUGGGUCUUCAAUAAGAUGUACACCCAGUAUAUACCCGUCUCACUCCUCGACCUACUCUCCUGGCUAUCGAGUCCGACCAUUUUUGUCUGGGAUUGCUCUGCGGCGGGCAAUAUCGUCAACAAGGUGAUAGAGUUUGGCGCUCGCAAGGAUGCAGAGAUUGCUGCCCAACGCGCAGCUGCACCACCUCCUCCCCCUCCGCUGGGGCCCGGCAGUAGUACACCCCAGCCACAGCCGUCUCAACCGGUCGUCAUGCCAGAUGGCUCCAUCGCGCCCUCUGCGCCCUUUGCAGAAACGCUACAGCUUGCUGCUUGCGAGGCACACCAAAGCUUGCCCAUGAACCCCGAUCUGCCAGCGGACCUGCUCACGUCCUGUCUGACAUCGCCCAUCGAGGUUGCGCUGCAGUUCUUCAUUCUGCGUAAUCCACUCAAGACCAAUCUGAGCCUUGACUUGGCCCUCAAAAUACCCGGUCGGCUACAAGAUCGCAAGACACCCCUCGGCGAGCUCGGAUGGAUCUUUACAGCCGUCACAGACACGAUAGCAUGGAACAUGCUACCGGCGCCGCUCUUUUUGCGUCUGUUCAGACACGAUCUAGUCGUUGCAGCGCUCUUUCGCGGCUUUUUGCUGGCUGAGCGCAUCAUGCGCCAUUACGACUGCACGCCAGUCUCGGUGCCCAAGCUACCGCCGACGCAUAAUCACCCCUUGUGGGACAGCUGGGAUCUCGCAGUCGAUCGCUGUCUUGUCCAGCUACCUGCGAUACUGGAAGCAAGCGCUGCACGCGAGAAAGCUGCAUCAGAACAGCGACCUCUGCCACCUGAAGUGCCGUUCGUGCCGUCUCGUUUCUUCUCUGACGAGUUGACCGCUUUCGAGAUCUGGCUCGAUCACGGUACAGCGCGUACGACCGGCUUGACCGCUUCCGAGCAUGCAAAGAAUGGCAGACUCAGUGAUACUCUAAGGCCACUGUCGACACAUCCAGAGCAGCUUCCCAUCGUCUUGCAGGUCCUGCUGUCGCAAGCGCACCGACUACGAGCACUGAUCCUACUCUGCAAAUUCCUCGACCUUGGACCGUGGGCAGUCAAUCUGGCCUUAUCGAUUGGCAUCUUUCCAUAUGUACUUAAGCUGUUGCAGGCCCCGAGUGCUGACCUAAGACCGCCGCUGAUCUAUAUUUGGGCACGCAUUCUUGGCGUCUACCGGACAUGUCAGGAGGAUCUCAUUCGUCAGGUCGUGCAGCCAACACGCAGAGAAGCCGAUCUGCCGUUCCACUACUUUGUACACAUACUUGCGCCGCAUCAGAAUUCUCUGCCGAUUCCCAACGUCUCUGAGCAUAGAGCCAUGUGUGCUUUUAUUCUCUCGAUUCUCUGUCGUGACUUCCCUACAGGCCAGGCCGCCUGUCUCGAUCCACGUGCAAACGUUAUGGAAGUCUGUCUGGCGCACCUGAGCGACUUUGACCCUCUCUUGCGGCAAUGGGCGCCACUUGUCAUUGCCCAGCUCUGGGACAAUUUCGACGAAGCAAAGGGACGAGGUCUCAAGAGUGGCGCGCACGAAAUGCUUGCACAGAAACUCAGCGAUCCCGUGCCAGAAGUCAGAGCAGCAGCACUCUAUGCACUCGGCACUCUAGUGGGUGCGUCAGGAGGAGAGGGCAAACGCGUCGCGGGCAAAAGUCUGUCUUCCUGCUCGCCCAAUCGAACCGACAUUUCGGCGUCAGAACGAAUUGAUAUCGAGCUUGGUGUCGCGAUGGCCGUCCUCAAAGCGCUUUCUGACGGGUCUCCGAUGGUACGCAGCGAGCUUGUCGUUCUCCUGUCCGCGAUCGUUAUUGAGCAUCAAGGUCACCUCGUCGUCGCCGCUUAUCAGACUGUCGAGGAUGAACGCAAACGGUCGCAAGGGAGAACGGUACAUCAUGCGGCGGAGGAGCGCCAACGCGCCCUAGAACAGAGCUUGCGCAAUGCUACAGAGACCCAGGACGUGUCGUCCAACCCUCACUUUCGCGCUAUGAUCUUCUCGUGCAUCUACAAAACUCUACUCGAUCUUGCAAGCGAUCCUCAUCCCGACGUGGCUGAUAAAGCUGGGAUCGUCAUCGACUUUGUUCACGACCAGCUCUUGAUUUCGCCGUUCGUCUACGCGGCCCAGUCUGCGCUCGAACCCAUCGUUCGACGAUCCGCUGCACGUCUUUCGGCAAACACCGCGAUCCAGAGAACGCCAUCAGAAGGUUCGCGGCCUCGCAGUUCGACACCGAGCGGCACGACGACGCCUGCGCAUGCUGGAAAACGGGCGACCUCGCUGGCGGCCGCUGUCAAGUCCCUGACAGGAUUAGGCUCGCCAGAUCAUGCGCGGACCCAGCCACCGAGUCGAGCAGAAUCCAACGGAGGUCCAGAAGCUGUACAAGAGGAGCAGACGCAUCGCUUGCGCAAAAACAUCUCCGCGGAUUCGCUCAUUCAGACGCAGGCAAAGCUGCGCAAAGCGGCAGCGGCAAUCAACGGCAGUCCUGAUAGCUUGACGAUCGAAGAAGCGCAAGCUCAGCUCAUCGCUUCAGAUGAAGAACGCUUACAACAGCGACGAAGCAGCCCGACUGUGACACAUGCAGGUGUAAAAAGUCCUAGCGGUGCAGAAUUGCCGCUGCGGAGUGAUUUUUUCGAUUGGAGCUGCCGCUACUUUACCGAGCCUCAGAUGAAACCCGCCGAGGCAGACGAGCCAGGGAGCGUAAAUUACAACGAGAGACUCUGGCGACGAGAGCGUAACGAGAAAGUCGUCAUGUCGACCCAACCUUUGCGCGAAGCUGCAGCUGCAAGUCGGUGGGACGAACUGACUGGCUUUUGGGGCAACGACAUGCCGCCGACGUCAAUCCUGUUCCAUCAGUACGAAUCGCACCUUGUGGCCAGCGAUAGUGCGCGUCGUCUGACCGUCUAUGAUUGGAAGACGCACGCGAGACUGCACCGAUUCAGCAAUGACCCGCGCUCGGUGCCAGGAGGAUCAAACAGCCGCAUUACUUCACUCAAUUUUAUUAACGAAGACGAUGUUGCAUUCUUGCUUACCGGCAGCUCGGAUGGCAAUGUACGCAUCUUCAGGAAUUACAGCACGAAAGCGGAACUUGUGACGGCCUUCAGGGGGCUGAUUGACAUCAUCAAGAGUACACAUGACGAGUCUGGCUUGGUGACAGACUGGCAGCAAGGCAGAGGACAUCUCGUCGUGGGCGGCAAUUCGAAAACGAUUCGCAUCUGGGAUGCGCCCAAAGAAGUCUGCGUGCAGGAUAUCGCGACUCGAUCGAAUUCGUGUUUGACCUCGCUGACGUCGGAUCAAGUGGGCGGCAAUGUACUGAUCGCUGGUUUCGGAGACGGCGUCGUGCGGGUCUACGAUCGGAGGGAAGGACCCCGGACGAUCAUGAAGGUCGUCUGGAGAGGUUUCCAUCCCGCUUGGGUCCAGCAAGUCUCGCUGCAGAAGGGCGGCACGCGCGAGCUUGUAUCUGGAAGCCGAGAUGGUACGGUCUGCGUGUGGGACAUCCGGUACAGUCAGCCGCUGAGGAUCGUCCAAGCGCAUCAAGGCGGGAUGGUCUGCAUGGCCACCCACGAGCAUGCACCUGUCUUUGCGACAGCGAGCGAAUAUGACGUGGUGAAGGUAUGGAACAUGACGGGCACAGAACCGAUCAGCAAAUUUCGCAACUCUGCCGGUCUGCUCACGCAACGCAUCACCGGUACGAGCUCGAUGGCAUUUCAUCCUCAUCAGAUGCUACUUGCAACAGGCGCAGACGACGGACACCUCAACCUGUACUCCUGCGACACGAGAGAGCAUACGAGCGAAUGGGCAUGAGCUCAGCAUAGAAAGUACAUGCAUUAGAGCUGCUGCC